AUGGCUUCAUUUGAUUUCCAAUCACUGUUUACGAAUGUUCCCGGUCGGGAGGUCAUACGUAUCAUGUGUGAUCAUGUGGAGCAAAACGAACUGAAAAUCGGUAUACCAGUAUCAGUUCUGGUACGACAAUUACUACUGUGCACAACAAACGUAUCGUUCUCCUUCCUUGGUUGGGCUUACAGACAAAUUGACGGUGUCGCAAUCGGAACUCCAUUGAGCCCCAUUCUGGCACAUAUGUUUUUGGCUCAUCUUGAGGAAAAGGCGAGCAAAAUCCUCGAACGUUCACAACUUUACAAACGAUACGUUGAUCAUGUUCUAGUCAUCACAAUAAGUCUAGAAGAGACAACAUGGAUUAUGGAUAAACUCGAUCGCCUGCAUCCGAAUAUACGAUUUACGAUGGAAACAGAAAUCGAAGAUACACUGCACUUCCUCGACAUUAAAAUCACUAGGAAUAAUGAUGGAACAAUGGCCAGAUCUGUUUACCGAAAAGAAACUUGGACAGGCCAAUGCUUGAAAUUUGACAGCUUUGUGUCUGUGGAAUAUGAACGUGGUCUGGUCCGAACACUAUUUCAAACAGCACGACAUAUCUGCACAGAAGACAUGAUUGACAACGAACUACGACAGCUGAAAGAAUCUUUGACUAGAAACGCUUAUCCCGAUGCGUUUAUCGAAAAGCACAGCAAGCCUAAAUUGAUCAGACAAACGAAUUGUUCAGCAGAAAAACUACUAGUCACCCUUUGUCUUCCAUUCAUACGUGAUGACAUCAAUUGCUUGCUCAAACGACCACUUGGAUCAGCGCUUGCCCAAAACAAAUAUUAUGCACCUGACCUCAGAAUUAUUCAUCAAACGAUUGAGAUCCCCACACCCUCGGUGAAACAACGUCCACCUCUGUACACCAAAUCGAAUCUGAUUUACCAAUUUCAGUGUAGUUGCGGAGCAACCUACGUAGGUCGAACAGAGCGCCAGUUACGUAACCGAGUGAUUGAAUAUAUUCCAAAUUGGGUACAACGUUUUGUGAUGCAAUCAAGGUCAGAUCAAAGGCAUAAUGACAACGUUCGAAACCAUAAGAUCCCGUCGUCGGCUGUCGGCCGUCGGCCGUCGGCCGUCGCUCGUCAUCUUCUGAUGACGCAACAUCCAGCUGACCGAACCACUGCGUUUCGGGUCAUUUACGUGGCAAAGAAUACCAGGCUUUUGAGACAAAUUGACGGUGUCGCAAUCCGAACUCCAUUGAGCCCCAUUCUGGCACAUCUGUUUUUGGCUCAUCUUGAGGAAAAGGCGAGCAAAAUCCUCGAACGUUCACAACUUUACAAACGAUACGUUGAUCAUGUUCUAGUCAUCACAAUAAGUCUAGAAGAAACAACGUGGAUUAUGGAUAAACUCGAUCGCCUGCAUCCGAAUAUACGAUUUACGAUGGAAACAGAAAUCGAAGAUACACUGCACUUCCUCGACAUUAAAAUCACUAGGAAUAAUGAUGGAACAAUGGCCAGAUCUGUUUACCGAAAAGAAACUUGGACAGGCCAAUGCCUGCAAUUUGACAGCUUUGUGUCUGUGGAAUAUGAACGUGGUCUGGUCCGAACACUAUUUCAAACAGCACGACAUAUCUGCACAGAAGACAUGAUUGACAACGAACUACGACAGCUGAAAGAAUCUUUGACUAGAAACGCUUAUCCCGAUGCGUUUAUCGAAAAGCACAGCAAGCCUAAAUUGAUCAGACAAACGAAUUGUUCAGCAGAAAAACUACUAGUCACCCUUUGUCUUCCAUUCAUACGUGAUGACAUCAAUUGCUUGCUCAAACGACCACUUGGAUCAGCGCUUGCCAAAAACAAAUAUUAUGCACCUGACCUCAGAAUUAUUCAUCGAACGAUUGAGAUCCCCACACCCUCGGUGAAACAACGUCCACCAAUGUACACCAAAUCGAAUCUGAUUUACCAAUUUCAGUGUAGUUGCGGAGCAACCUACGUGGGUCGAACAGAGCGCCAGUUACGUAACCGAGUGAUUGAAUAUAUUCCAAAUUGGGUACAACGUUUUGUGAUGCAAUCAGGGUCAGAUCAAAGGCAUAAUGACAACGUUCGAAACCAUAAGAUCCCGUCGUCGGCUGUCGGCCGUCGGCCGUCGGCCGUCGCUCGUCAUCUUCUGAUGACGCAACAUCCAGCUGACCGAAGCACUGCGUUUCGGGUCAUUUACGUGGCAAAGAAUACCAGGCUUUUGAGACAAAUUGACGGUGUCGCAAUCGGAACUCCAUUGAGCCCCAUUCUGGCACAUCUGUUUUUGGCUCAUCUUGAGGAAAAGGCGAGCAAAAUCCUCGAACGUUCACAACUUUACAAACGAUACGUUGAUCAUGUUCUAGUCAUCACAAUAAGUCUAGAAGAGACAACAUGGAUUAUGGAUAAACUCGAUCGCCUGCAUCCGAAUAUACGAUUUACGAUGGAAACAGAAAUCGAAGAUACACUGCACUUCCUCGACAUUAAAAUCACUAGGAAUAAUGAUGGAACAAUGGCCAGAUCUGUUUACCGAAAAGAAACUUGGACAGACCAAUGCUUGCAAUUUGACAGCUUUGUGUCUGUGGAAUAUGAACGUGGUCUGGUCCGAACACUAUUUCAAACAGCACGACAUAUCUGCACAGAAGACAUGAUUGACAACGAACUACGACAGCUGAAAGAAUCUUUGACUAGAAACGCUUAUCCCGAUGCGUUUAUCGAAAAGCACAGCAAGCCUAAAUUGAUCAGACAAACGAAUUGUUCAGCAGAAAAACUACUAGUCACCCUUUGUCUUCCAUUCAUACGUGAUGACAUCAAUUGCUUGCUCAAACGACCACUUGGAUCAGCGCUUGCCAAAAACAAAUAUUAUGCACCUGACCUCAGAAUUAUUCAUCGAACGAUUGAGAUCCCCACACCCUCGGUGAAACAACGUCCACCUCUGUACACCAAAUCGAAUCUGAUUUAUCAAUUUCAGUGUAGUUGCGGAGCAACCUACUUGGGUCGAACAGAGCGCCAGUUACGUAACCGAGUGAUUGAAUAUAUUCCAAAUUGGGUACAACGUUUUGUGAUGCAAUCAGGGUCUGAUCAAAGGCAUAAUGACAACGUUCGAAACCAUAAGAUCCCGUCGUCGGCUGUCGGCCGUCGGCCGUCGGCCGUCGCUCGUCAUCUUCUGAUGACGCAACAUCCAGCUGACCGAACCACUGCGUUUCGGGUCAUUUACGUGGCAAAGAAUACCAGGCUUUUGAGACAAAUUGACGGUGUCGCAAUCCGAACUCCAUUGAGCCCCAUUCUGGCACAUAUGUUUUUGGCUCAUCUUGAGGAAAAGGCGAGCAAAAUCCUCGAACGUUCACAACUUUACAAACGAUACGUUGAUCAUGUUCUAGUCAUCACAAUAAGUCUAGAAGAGACAACAUGGAUUAUGGAUAAACUCGAUCGCCUGCAUCCGAAUAUACGAUUUACGAUGGAAACAGAAAUCGAAGAUACACUGCACUUCCUCGACAUUAAAAUGACUAGGAAUAAUGAUGGAACAAUGGCCAGAUCUGUUUACCGAAAAGAAACUUGGACAGGCCAAUGCUUGCAAUUUGACAGCUUUGUGUCUGUGGAAUAUGAACGUGGUCUGGUCCGAACACUAUUUCAAACAGCACGACAUAUAUGCACAGAAGACAUGAUUGACAACGAACUACGACAGCUGAAAGAAUCUUUGACUAGAAACGCUUAUCCCGAUGCGUUUAUCGAAAAGCACAGCAAGCCUAAAUUGAUCAGACAAACGAAUUGUUCAGCAGAAAAACUACUAGUCACCCUUUGUCUUCCAUUCAUACGUGAUGACAUCAAUUGCUUGCUCAAACGACCACUUGGAUCAGCGCUUGCCAAAAACAAAUAUUAUGCACCUGACCUCAGAAUUAUUCAUCGAACGAUUGAGAUCCCCACACCCUCGGUGAAACAACGUCCACCUCUGUACACCAAAUCGAAUCUGAUUUAUCAAUUUCAGUGUAGUUGCGGAGCAACCUACUUGGGUCGAACAGAGCGCCAGUUACGUAACCGAGUGAUUGAAUAUAUUCCAAAUUGGGUACAACGUUUUGUGAUGCAAUCAGGGUCUGAUCAAAGGCAUAAUGACAACGUUCGAAACCAUAAGAUCCCGUCGUCGGCUGUCGGCCGUCGGCCGUCGGCCGUCGCUCGUCAUCUUCUGAUGACGCAACAUCCAGCUGACCGAACCACUGCGUUUCGGGUCAUUUACGUGGCAAAGAAUACCAGGCUUUUGAGACAAAUUGACGGUGUCGCAAUCGGAACUCCAUUGAGCCCCAUUCUGGCACAUCUGUUUUUGGCUCAUCUUGAGGAAAAGGCGAGCAAAAUCCUCGAACGUUCACAACUUUACAAACGAUACGUUGAUCAUGUUCUAGUCAUCACAAUAAGUCUAGAAGAGACAACAUGGAUUAUGGAUAAACUCGAUCGUCUGCAUCCGAAUAUACGAUUUACGAUGGAAACAGAAAUCGAAGAUACACUGCACUUCCUCGACAUUAAAAUCACUAGGAAUAAUGAUGGAACAAUGGCCAGAUCUGUUUACCGAAAGGAAACUUGGACAGGCCAAUGCUUGCAAUUUGACAGCUUUGUGUCUGUGGAAUAUGAACGUGGUCUGGUCCGAACACUAUUUCAAACAGCACGACAUAUAUGCACAGAAGACAUGAUUGACAACAAACUACGACAGCUGAAAGAAUCUUUGACUAGAAACGCUUAUCCCGAUGCGUUUAUCGAAAAGCACAGCAAGCCUAAAUUGAUCAGACAAACGAAUUGUUCAGCAGAAAAACUACUAGUCACCCUUUGUCUUCCAUUCAUACGUGAUGACAUCAAUUGCUUGCUCAAACGACCACUUGGAUCAGCGCUUGCCCAAAACAAAUAUUAUGCACCUGACCUCAGAAUUAUUCAUCGAACGAUUGAGAUCCCCACACCCUCGGUGAAACAACGUCCACCUCUGUACACCAAAUCGAAUCUGAUUUAUCAAUUUCAGUGUAGUUGCGGAGCAACCUACGUGGGUCGAACAGAGCGCCAGUUACGUAACCGAGUGAUUGAAUAUAUUCCAAAUUGGGUACAACGUUUUGUGAUGCAAUCAGGGUCAGAUCAAAGGCAUAAUGACAACGUUUGA